CUUUCUCGGCCUUUUGGCUAAGAUCAAGUGUAGUAUCUGUUCUUAUCAGUUUAAUAUCUGAUAUGUGGGCCAUGUGCCCACAACGAUAUUAAAUUUAUUUUUUGUGGGGGAGAGCCCGCCACGGUAGCUUGCUGCCGGGGCUCUUGUGUGUCGCCCAGGCGUUGCACUGCUGCCUGGGCCUGGCGCACCCCAACCAAGUCUGAAAUCGCGAAGGAACAGAUAACUAGUUGUCGAUUUCUUGUCUCGGACAGGCGUGAUGCGGACCGCAUCGACCCCAGGCAUCAGUGAUCUGCACAGCCUGCAGCACCACUAUCAUGCUGUUUUGCUGACGGGGAAAGCUAUUCAAUUCGUUUUAGAUAAAUCCCACACACCCAGCGCCUGGGAAGAGCUGGAGCGAGAGGACAUAAGUAGUCAACAGGCAGAGAAAGGUGAGGGGAGGUAUGGCAAUGGCAGCGGAGGAAGAGGGGAGGAAAGGCAUCCCGUCUCUCCUCUCCUCCCGGGAGGAGAACAUCGCCUCCAACGUCACCGAGCUCAUAGGUUGGACGCCACUUGUAGAAAUGAAGAACAUUGCUAAGAAAGACGGCGUCAAAGCUAGGCUGGUUGGGAAGAUGGAAGCAUACCAACCCCUUUGCUCGGUUAAGGACAGGAGUGCUCUCCGAAUGAUUGAAGAUGCAGAGGAGAAGGGCUUGAUCUCUCCUGGUGUUACGACACUGAUCGAGCCAACGAGCGGCAAUAUGGGCAUUGGAUUGGUGUUCAUCGCUGUUCAGAAAGGCUACAGGCUUAUCGCUGUCAUGCCCGCAAAAUAUUCACUUGACAAGCAGAUGCUAUUGAGAUUUUUGGGUGCUGAACUGAUAUUAACAGAUCCUGCAACUGGGUUUAAGGGAAUGAUUGGCAAGGUGGAGGAGCUGAUGAAGACUAUACCAAAUUCUCACUGUCUUAAUCAAGUAACCAAUCCAGCAAAUCCAGAUGCGCACUUCAAAUGGACCGGACCUGAGAUAUGGAAGGACACAGCAGGCAAAGUUGAUACGUUUGUCGCCGCUGUUGGUACAGGAGGCACAUUGACAGGUGUAGGUAGGUACCUGAAGAUGAAGAAUCCAUCCAUAAAGAUAGUGUGCGUGGAACCUUCAGAAAGCGCUGUAAUUUCAGGUGGUUCACCAGGGUCACACAAGAUUCAGGGUACAGGGGCAGGUUUCAUACCCGAGGUCCUGGACACAUCGGUCAUCGAUGAGGUCGUGACGGUAAGCACUGAGGAAGCUAUGACAAUGGCUAGGAGGCUGGCCAAGGAGGAGGGACUGCUGGUUGGCAUAUCCUCCGGAGCAAACGUAGCUGCCUGUAUCAAGAUUGCAGAGAGAGAAGGGAACGAGAGGAAGAUGAUUGUUACCAUAUUCCCCAGCGCCGGUGAGAGAUACAUGAACUCUGAUCUCUUUGCACUUGUUAGGGAGGAAUGUGACAACAUGAGCUUUUGAUGCAUUGGGCAGCUCUCAUUUGCAUGUAACAGUUCCCAGCAAAUGUGCUAUUUUUCCUUUGUAAUAAGUGUCAGCCCAAGGUCUCUUCUUUCUCUUGGUGCUAAGCAGAGCUUGCCUUGUUGACCGAAAGAGAUGGUAUGCCAAUAAAAACUUGCUAUC